AUGUUCCAGUCAUUCUUCCAAGAGGUACGUGAAGUGGAUCGUGACAACGAGGUCAACCGCAUCUUGGGAGCUUUCAAGCUCAACCCUUUUGAGCAGAUGGGCCUUCGAUUUGAUUGCACUCAAGACGAGGUUAAAAGGCAGUACCGCAAAGUUUCCUUGCUUAUUCAUCCAGACAAAUGCAAACACCCGCUGGCAACAAGCGCCUUUGAAGUGCUUGGACACGCCAACUCUCAGUUGUCCAACGAGGACUUCAUGCGGGAGUUCCGACACUCUCUGAACCUUGCUCGAGAUGAAGUGCGGAAGGAGCGCAGAAAGAAGACAAAAAAUGAUGCGGUUGUGCGCCUUGCCAGUGUCAUCCAUGAGGGAGGCAGGGAGGGUGUUGAAGCGGAAUGGGAGCACACAGAGGAGUUCCAUGAACUAUGGAAGGUGAAGUCGAGGGACAUGCUGGCACGCUAUGAGUGGCGCCGCAGGAAGCUCACAAAGCGGCUGAAAGAGGAGGAGGAGCGAAUAGAAGAGUCUGAGGCUGAGACAAGGAAAAAGAUGAAGGCAACAAAAGAGCACACAAAAAAGUGGGAGGAGACGAGAGAGAACAGGGUGGGCACGUGGAGAAAUUUUGUCCAAAAGAAAGGGAAGAGUAAAAAGGGGACCAACAUGCUGGGCGGAAUAAAACCGCCAAAACUGAAAGUGGAGGACGAGGAGCACACAUACAUUCAGAGACCGGUUCAGGAACAAUGGCGGCCUGCUCAGCCAAAACCUGCUGGCCCUCAA